AUGAAAGGAAUUCUGUGGGGAGCGUUUUGUGGGAAAGCUAAUGAGCUGAGGCAGCGCCUGGAGCUGAAAGAAAAGGGCAGGCACGUGGUGCUGGAGGCCACAGAGAAUGAGGUGGAGGGCAAAGGCGGCAUGCUUCUGAGCUCAGGACAGGCCUGUUGUGAGGAGAAGGGCCUGGAUGCUGAGGACGGUGGUGGGGACAGCAAUGACCUCAGCAGCGUCAGCGAGACCACAGACAGCACAGAUGUCAAAGACAGCUCAGAGACCUCUCUGACUCUGCCUCCUAGAGCCUCACCCUGCCCUGCAGGCUUUUGGAUUCUUGAAACUGGAGCUAGCCAAAGACAGUUUCAGGCCUGGUUUACUGCGGAGGAGGGUCCGCUGCCACCUUCGCCUCCUUUUGGCCCUGAACUGACUUGCAGAUGGAGCAGUCUAGAACAGCUAAAGGACAUCUUGGCGCUCGGAGCACAGCCUCACUGGGUCCACAAGCUCCAAGGCUUCUGGUUUGUUGAGGUUAUCUUGUCAGCAAAAAGAUUACAGGACAUGGAGAAGGAGCGGGCUUCACUGCAGGCCUGGAAGGAUCGUGUGGCAAAGGAACUUGACAGCGUGGUCGCUUUCUGGCUGCAGCACUCCCAUGAUCAGGAACACGGGGGUUUCUUCACAUGCCUUGCCCGCAAUGGGCAGGUCUAUGAUGACCUUAAAUAUAUCUGGCUGCAGGGGAGACAGGUAUGGAUGUAUUGUCGCUUGUACCGCAAUUUUGAGCGCUUCCGCCGCGCUGAGCUUCUAGAUGCUGCAAAAGCAGGUGGUGAGUUUUUGCUGCGUUUUGCACGGGUGGCACCGCCUGCCAAGAAGUGUGCCUUUGUGUUGACUCGGGACGGCCGUCCAGUGAAGGUGCAGCGGACCAUUUUCAGCGAGUGUUUCUACACCAUUGCUAUGAAUGAGCUUUGGAGAGUAACAAAGGAAUCACGUUACCAGAAUGAAGCUGUGGAGAUGAUGGACCAGAUUGUCCACUGGGUACGGGAAGACCCAGCUGGGCUAGGCCGGCCUCAGCUCUCAGGGACCCCGGAUGCAGAGUCCAUGGCAGUGCCCAUGAUGCUGAUGAAUCUGGUGGACCAGCUUUCCGAGGAAGAUGAGGCACUGACAAAGAAAUAUGCAGAGCUAUGGGACUGGUGUGCCCAGAGGAUUCUUCAGCAUGUGCAGAGGGAUGGAAAAGCUAUACUAGAGAAUGUAUCUCAUGAUGGCAAGGAACUCACUGGUUGCCUUGGAAGACAUCAGAACCCAGGCCACGCAAUAGAGGCUGGCUGGUUCCUGCUCCAGUAUGCCCGCAAGAAAGGUGACGCCAAACUUCGUGCACACAUCAUCGACAAGUUUCUCUUGUUGCCUUUCCGCUCUGGAUGGGACGCUGAGCAUGGGGGCCUCUUCUACUUCCAGGAUGUUGAUGGUUUCUGCCCCACCCAGCUGGAGUGGGACAUGAAGCUGUGGUGGCCACACAAUGAAGCCAUGAUUUCCUUCCUAAUGGGUUACAGGGACAGUGGUGACCCAGCCUUGCUACAAAUCUUCAAUCAGGUGGCUGAGUACACCUUCAAGCAUUUUCAUGAUCCCGAGAACGGCGAAUGGUUCGGCUAUCUGAACCGAGAGGGCAAGGUGGCCCUCAACUUUAAGGGAGGCCCAUUUAAAGGCUGCUUCCACGUGCCGCGGUGCCUGGCCAUGUGCGAGAAGAUGUUGGGAGACCUGCUCCACCGUGGGAGCGCCCCUGCUGGCUCGAAAUAA